AUGAUCAACGUAAACGUGGGCGUGCUGGGGCACGUGGACUCGGGGAAGACGAGCCUCUGCAGGUGCCUCAGUGAGGUGCUGAGCACCUGCGCCCUGGAUAAGCACCGGCAGAGCCAGGAGAAGGGCAUCACCAUCGACCUGGGCUUCUCCUCCUUUUACCUGCGCAGGGGGGGGAGCAGCAGUGGAACGACCAGCAGUGGGGGGAACAGAAGUGGGUCGAUCAGCAGUGGGGAGGCUGGAAGUGGGGAGAUUCUCGAUGGGGAAGCUCGCGAUGGAAAAUCUCCCCAUGGCAAAUCUCGCGAUGGCGACGCCGCUGAUGCCGCCCCCGCUAAUGGCCACCCCGCUAAUGGCCACCCCCCCGCGGAAGAAACGCUGCAAGUGUGCCUCGUGGACUGCCCCGGGCACCACUCCCUCCUCAACUGCAUAAUCAUGGGCGCGGAGAUAACAGACGUGAUUCUCCUGCUCAUAGACAUCACCAAAGGGAUUCAAAAGCAAACCGUGGAGUGCCUCGUGCUGUGCGAGGUCCUCCAGAGAGACGUGGUAGUCGUUCUGAACAAAGUUGACCUGGUCCCCCCCGAGCAGAGGGAGAAACGGGUCAGCCUGAUGAAGGCCAAAAUGGAGAUGGUGUUUCGGAGCAAGCCCGGCUUGAGGGCCCUCAAGUGCUACGUCGUGGGGCUCUCCGCCGACUCGAAGGGCGGCGCGCCACAGGAGGGGGAGCAGCAGGAGCGGGAGCGGCAGGAGGGGGAGCGGCAGGAGCGGCGGUUACAACCAGGGACGGAGUUACAGCCAGGGACGGAGUUACAGCCAGGGACGCAGCCACCGCCGCGGAUGCAACUACCCCAUCGCGCCGGCGGGGUGGGCGCCUCCCCCCCGAGAAGCGAAAACGUAGAGCAACUGAUCAGCCUCCUGAGGGAGGUCAUCCGGGUGCCCGCGCGGAGGGGCCAAAGCGCACACGGUGGGGAUGGAGAAGUGGGGGGAGAAAGCGGCGGAGAAAGCGGCGGAGAAGACGAUGGCGAAAACGGCCCCGUCAACCGCACCGGCCGCUUAAACCGCUUAAACCGCCCCCCCCGGCGAGACGAAUUUUACUUCCUCUACGACCACACGUUCGACAUCAGGGGGAAAGGCAGAGUGUACACGGGCACAGUGAUCCGGGGGACCAUCAGAAGGAACUGCAGCGUCUCCAUACUGCCGAUGAAAGAAAAGGGAAGAGUUAAAGAAAUCCAAAGCUUUAAAAAAAAAGUUGACGAGGGAAUCAAAGGGAAUAGGUUGUCUCUCCUUAUCUGUAACGACCACACAAAGAACACGGGGAAGAAAAUCGAGAGGGGGGUUAUCGUCUCGGAACCUACCAGCAUCUGUCACUUCUCCCUGUUCAUAUGCCGAGUGAAGUCCAUUCAAUACUUCGGCCGGUGUGUUAACAACGCAGAGCUACUUUCCUGCGUAAUUGGAUUUGCCACUUCCCCGUGUUAUGGGUAUUUUUUUCGGCCUGUUAGGAAGCCCACUGGGGGGGAGGCCUCCCAAGGGGAAACACCUCUGCAGCCGCCACACAGGAAGAGGGGGGAAAGGCGAUUCGAUCCGCGCGGGGAUUACCUCUUCGUUAGGCAGCUCGGAUUCGAACGGGGGGAAGCGGCAUCACAGGGGGGUCUCACAUCAGGGGGGGGCCUCAAUUCGGAGGAGAAUCCCAACCCGGAGAGAGGAAGCCAAAACCGCCCCCGCGACGAUGACACCUUCUUCCUAGCCAUCCUGAAGAAGAAAGUCUACGGCUACGAAGGGGAGAAAUGCAUUUUCAUAAAAAACGACGACAAUUUAAACUGCAGGAUUUGCCUGCAUGGGACCAUCAAGGAGAUCAUAGACGAUGGCUAUCCCCAUCCAGACGCCCCCUUCAUCAUAGGAAAGAAACCAACUCUCAGUCACUUCCCCCGUUUUGAUAGCUUCAAAUUGUUGAUUGAAAAGCAGAAGGUGGGGCAGAUCGAACGCCUACAGGAGGAUAACCACUCCCUUAUUUGCAAAAAUAUGUUUAACUCCUCCAGUCAAGUUGCUCCCUACAUGGGGAGAGAGGUUUGCCUCGUCGAUGCAGAUGGUAGAAAGGAUCUAAGGGAUGCCCACGUUAGGCACGUCGGCGUUAUAGCCGCUCCGUUUGCGAAGAGUGGCAAGUUCAUCGCCCGCUUUGAGGAUGACCUUUCCCCUCUACGGGAAAGCUGCAGGUCCUUCCUCCUGGUGCUCAGGUACUGCAAGGACGCCCUCACCAAGAGGAAGGUCUUCCUGUGGGGUGUUGACAAAGAGAAAAAGAGGUAG